UCUUUCUCUUUCUUUAAGAACUACAAGUUACAACUUACAAGUUACAACUACUACUUUCUGCUUUCCCAGUUCUCACAAUCCCACCUAACAAAUACGAAUUGGCAGUUGAAGAAGACAUUACAAUACACCAAUUGAAUUAAUAUGCAACUCCGAUGCUGCUCUCCAACUCUUUCGCACCGCCAUUUCCACCUUGGAAAUCCUGCUGCUUUGGAUCAUCUGCGCUCUAUUUCUCUCUCAUCUCAUUCUCCCGGCAUCUUUUUUAAAUCAUCAAACAUGAGAGAAGAGCCUUUUGCCAGACUAAGAGUUACGAGAUCCGAUAGCACUUCCAAUCCUGUUGAACUUGAUAUAUUGUUGAGUCCAAGGGUUAACUCUGUUAAACCUUCAAAAACUGUCGCGAUAACAGACCAGGCAACUGCACUUGUACAAGCUGGUGUGCCAGUUAUUAGGUUGGCAGCUGGGGAGCCUGACUUUGACACCCCAUCGGUGAUAGCUGAGGCUGGCAUUAAUGCAAUUCACGAAGGUCAUACAAGAUAUACACCAAAUGCUGGUACCCUGGAACUCCGCUCUGCCAUCUGCCACAAACUAAAAGAGGAAAAUGGAAUUUCUUAUUCCCCAGACCAGAUUUUAGUGAGUAAUGGAGCCAAGCAAUCGAUUCUUCAAGCAGUGCUUGCUGUUUGUUCGCCAGGAGAUGAGGUUGUAAUUCCAGCACCUUAUUGGGUGAGUUACCCCGAGAUGGCAAGGCUGGCUGAUGCUACUCCUGUGAUUGUUCCAACUCAUAUAUCUCAAAACUUUUUAUUGGACCCUAAGCAUCUGGAGUCAAAACUCAAUGAGCAGUCAAGGUUGUUAAUUCUAUGCUCACCAUCCAACCCUACAGGUUCUGUUUAUCCCAAGGAACUCCUUCAAGAGAUUGCUGCAAUAGUGGCAAGACACCCACGACUUCUGGUCUUGUCUGAUGAAAUAUAUGAGCAUAUCAUAUAUGCACCAGCAAAGCAUACUAGCUUUGCUUCAUUACCGGGAAUGUGGGAAAGGACUUUGACCGUCAAUGGCUUUUCCAAGGCGUUUGCUAUGACUGGUUGGAGACUCGGGUAUCUUGCUGGUCCUAAACAUUUUGUUGCUGCAUGUGGAAAGAUCCAGAGCCAGUCUACGUCUGGUGCGAGCAGUAUAUCCCAAAAAGCGGGAGUUGCUGCUCUUGGAAUGGGUAAGGCCGGUGGGGAGGUGGUAGCAACAAUGGUCAAAGCAUUUAGAGAAAGACGUGAUUUCUUGAUUCAAAGUUUCAGUGAAUUAAAAGGCGUCAAGAUAUCAGAUCCACAGGGAGCUUUCUAUUUGUUCCUUGAUUUCAGCUCUUAUUAUGGUUCCAAAGCUGAAGGGUUUGGUGUGAUAGACGGUUCGGAAUCCCUUAGUCGUUAUUUACUCGAGAAAGCUCAGGUGGCAUUAGUUCCGGGAGAUGCUUUUGGGGAUGAUAACUGCAUACGCAUUUCUUAUGCGGAAUCUCUUCCCAUCCUUCGGAAUGCCAUGGAUAACAUCAAGAAUGCAAUUGACCAGCUUAAGUUGCCUGUCUCAAUUUAAAAUGCGCGUUCUGGAGAAAGACCAUUCAAUACAAGUACCAUUUAUAUACUGUAUAUUGUUGUUUUUAAGAAUAGAAAUAAAAAAUAAGGUAUUGUUUCUCAGAAAAAAUAAUUGGAAGUGGGUACUGAUAAAUAAUCAUGUUUGUUUUAGUGCUUAUUUGGUAUACAUGGGAAUUUAGUUUUCAUGGAAUGUUUCAUUUCCUAGAAAGUUAUUUCACUUGUGUAAUUUCUAGGAAAUAGCCUUAAUAUGUUUGGUAGAUAUCAAACAACUUUUACUUUCCAUGAAUUGAUGUUGAAAUUUUGAAUGAUAGGGGGAGGGGGUGUUGAAUAAAUUCCAAUGUUUGUGAAAA